GUUGCGGGAGCCGCGGCGGGUGCCUUUUCCAAGACGGCCAUGGCUCCCGUCGAACGCGUCAAGCUCCUCCUACAACUACGGCACAGUGUAUACCCGCCUCCCGUAGCAACCGCACCACUAGCGACGACGACGACGACACCGUUGGCCUCGCCAUCGGCCUGGCACGUUGCACGGGAAGUCUACCAAACACAGGGGUUCCGAUCGUUCUGGCGGGGAAAUCUGCCGAGUGUUUGGCGGACUGCCGGAACCGCAGCCGUCAACUUUACCUGCAUGGAUUAUUACAAGCGGGUCGCGGUCCAACCAUUGCUCGCCCGAACCAUCCUUCACCGUACCACCACACACGCCCCCACCUUCUGGUCCAGUCUCAUUUCGGGAGGAUUGGCCGGAGGGACGGCCACGACACUCAUGUACCCCUUUGAAUUCCUGCGCACGAGACUCGCAAUGGAUCUGGGAAAAAACGAAUCGCGACAGUAUCAGGGCGCCCUGGACGUUCUCCGCCGUAUUGUGCGAUCAGACGGCGUUGGGGGGCUGUUUCAAGGCUACGGGAUUGCCCUGGCGGGAGGCAUCUUUUAUCGCGUCCUCUUCCUCGGCGGUUACGAUGCCCUCAAAAACGAACUCAAACAUCGAAAACGAGCCGCCAUGGUAGUAGGAAACACUGGUACGGUACCCGCUAUUUCCUUAUCGGCCGGGACCUUGAGCUAUCCCUUUGAUUCGGUCCGUCGCCGUAUGAUGAUGCAAGCAGGACAAGCAAUGGAGACGCGGCGGUACCGGUCCAGUUGGCACUGUAUUACCGUAGUCUUGCGCACGGAAGGAAUUCGUGGCUUUUUCCUCGGUCUCGGACCCAACGUUAUCCGAUCUGUGGGCGGCGCCGUACUUCUGGUCGCCUACGACAGUUUUCGGGAUUUGCUAUAG